UGCGCCAGAACGGCUGCUUCGCUCCCGGAAGUGGAGGGUCUGCACCGAGAGCGCCGCUGGGUCUGGGUGCCCGGAGGCAGAAGCAUUGGCGGAGCUCGCUUGUCCGCCCCCGACCGCCAUGUCGUCCUUCGACACCAACCCCUUCGCAGACCCAGUGGACGUAAACCCCUUCCAGGAUCCCUCUGUGACCCAGCUGACCAGUGCUCCACAGGGUGGCCUGGCGGAAUUCAACCCCUUCUCAGAGACAAAUGCAGCAACAACUGUUCCUGUCACACAGUUCCCUGGGCCCUCGCAGCCGGCGGUUCUCCAGCCUUCAGUGGAACCAACCCAGCCAACCCCCCAGUGUGUGUUGCUUAGACAGGCCAGCGAGUUCCUGCCUACCAGACUCCUGGCAGUGAGGGAGCUCUCAGAGAGGCAGAUGCUGCCAGGAGGAGAUAGUAUUCUCAGAGACAGCUACACGCGAAAGCUUCCGAAGGCCGUGGCCUCCGCAGCGCAGGCAAGCCUGCUCCGGCAGCAGGAAGAACUGGACAGGAAAGCAGCUGAACUAGAGCGCAAGGAGCAGGAGCUGCAGAACACAGUGGCCAACUUACACGUAAGAGAGAACAACUGGCCGCCCCUGCCCUUCUGGUGCCCUGUCAAGCCCUGUUUCUAUCAGGAUUUCUCAGUGGAGAUCCCUGCCGACUACCAGCGGAUAUGCAAGAUGCUGUACUAUCUCUGGAUGUUGCAUUCAGUGACUCUGUUUCUGAACCUGCUUGCUUGCCUGGCCUGGUUCUUAGUCGACAGCUCCAAGGGAGUGGACUUCGGCCUUUCCAUCCUGUGGUUUAUCAUCUUCACCCCCUGUGCCUUCCUUUGUUGGUACCGACCCAUCUAUAAGGCCUUCAGGUCCGACAACUCUUUCAGCUUCUUCGUGUUCUUCUUCAUAUUUUUUUGUCAAAUAGGGAUCUAUAUCAUCCAGUUGGUAGGCAUCCCUGGCCUGGGGGACAGUGGCUGGAUCGCAGCCCUGUCUACGCUGAAGCAAGACCACUUGGCUGUGUCAAUCAUCAUGAUGGUGGUGGCUGGCUUCUUCACCCUGUGUGCUGUGCUCUCACUCUUCCUUCUGAAGCGGGUACACUCCCUGUACCGCCGGACGGGGGCCAGCUUCCAGCAGGCCCAGGAGGAGUUUUCCCAGGGCAUCUUCAGCAACAGGACCUUCCGCAGUGCCGCCUCAUCUGCUGCCCGAGGAGCCUUCCAGGGGAACUAGUCCUCCUGACUCUCCUUCCUCUACCCCAGCCUUUUCUCUCGCCUGCCUUCUAGCUGCACUUUCCGUGGGUGCCUUAAACAGUGGUUAUGCCCAGCACAGACCUGGGAGGGUCUUGCACAGUCCUUCCUCCUUCCUCAGCUACCAGCUCUCCAUUCUGCCUGAGGGGAGGGGAGGGAGGGACAGGGACUUUUUUUUUUACACAAGAGAAAAAAGGAAAAAAAAAAGCUGUCUUUCCUUCUCCUGGUGGUGGUUUGGUAGGUUCAAAGCAGUGGGACUGUAGUUCACUUCCCCUUACACAGAUACAUGCACGCGUG